AUGUUUGGUCCAUUUAGGAGCUCCCAGCCAUUGUUAGGUGGGUUACUUUGGAAAAUUCCAUGGAGAAUGUCUACACCCCAGAAGCAAAGACAAAGAAAGCGUUUAAAGGCUGUCGAUAAGGUGCUAUCCCAGCUAAACCUAGGCUUAUAUAUAAAAUCUGCGAUAGAAAAGAAUCCUGCAGCUACGGUAACUGAACUGCUACAUGUUAAGAAUUAUAAAUACAACGGCAUAAAACAAUUAAAUACGCUGAAUGACCCUUCUGUGUUCCCAUCUGAAAGUCAAAUGUCAUACAAGGACAAAUAUACCAUUUUUAACAGGUACUCCAAGCAGUAUAGAAAAGGUAUUCAUAAGGUUCCGAAGUGGACCAAGGUUUCAAACAGGUCAAACCCCAAGAACUUCUGA